ACCAGGCGGCGGAGACGCCCAUUUUCUUGAGUUGUUGGGCUGAUACCUGUCGGGCCGAGGCCGGGACCGGCGUGGCCCUCCGGAGGAGAUGCUGUGGACUUAGCGGGCGCCACUGCAAGGCGAGGGAGGGGGACGCUGGGAUUCUGCUUUCGUCCCAUCCCGCCAAGCGGCUCGGCCAUGGCGGUGCGGGCGGCGCUGAUGCGGGCGCUGAUCAUGGGGGCCCCGGGCUCUGGGAAAGGCACCGUGUCUUCCCGCAUCGUCCAGCACUUCGCCCUGAAGCAUCUCUCCAGCGGGGACAUCCUGAGGGAAAACAUGAACAAGAAGACCGAAAUUGGCCUACUGGCUAAGUCAUAUAUUGAAAAGGGGCAAUUGAUUCCUGAUGACGUCAUGACCCAGCUGAUGCUAAGUGAGCUGAAAACACUAGAUCAGAACCAUGUGCUGCUGGAUGGCUUCCCCAGGACUGUCCCACAGGCUGAAUCGCUGGAUAAGGUGUGCCCAAUUGACACCGUGAUUGUUUUAGAUGUGCCUUUUGAGACCAUCAAGCAACGUCUGACUGCACGCUGGAUUCAUCCUGCUAGUGGCAGGGUGUACAAUCUUGAAUUCAACCCUCCCAAAGUCUCUGGCCAUGAUGAUCACACAGGGGAGCCUCUUGUUCAGCGUGAUGAUGAUAAACCGGAAACGAUUAUGAAGAGAUUGAAAUCUUAUGAAGCAGAAACCAAACCUGUCCUGGAGUAUUACCGCCAAAAAGGAGUGCUGGAAUCUUUUUCUGGAACAGAGACCAACAAAAUCUGGCCUCAUGUUUAUCGUUUCCUCCAAACCAAGCUGCCUGAAGUGAGCCAGAAGGGGACUGCUACUCAAAGCUGAACAUGAUUCGUUUUACUAACACAUGCAAACUACUAAUAUAUGGCUAAAUAUCCAGUUUCCAGCAAUCUUUGGAAUCAUAAAAAAUCAGGAACGGACUGUGAUGGAAUUAUGAGCUUGAUAUAUAGUUGUCUGAAAUCUCUAAAAUGACCAUGUUUUAGUUCUGUGCCAAAGUCUAGUAGGAUGAUUGACUGCUAGUUUUUUGUACUGGGUAUACCUGGAUUUUGUAAAAUGUAUUUAAUAAUAAACCCAUUUUUAGCAACA